UUUAAAACAAGAGACUCCUGAGAGUGAUAGACUAAAGGGAAGUGAAGAAAUUAAAGAAAUACACCUCUCAACACAGAUACAGUCAAAACCAUAUGUACCUACUUUGACUACCCAACGUUCAAGAUUAGAUGCUGAAACUCCUGCUUGUGGAAUCGUCCAAUCUGCUAUAAAUACCCAAACAUUUACCCCAUGUCAACAGUAUACACCAGGACUGGCCAUGGCAGAGGAGAGCUGGAAACACGGUCUUAAGCACUUUCCCCAUUGUCUAGACUGUGGUCUGGUCUUUAUGACACCAACAGAUGUGACCAAUCACAGAAAACGUACACGAUGUGUAGAGGAAGAUGACAGUGAUGUUGAAGAGCCUUCAAAGAAAAAAAUUCUUCUGCAUGAUGUCAGAGAAAAUAAAACAUUGUUGGAGAUGAGAAACAAGAUUUAUAAUUAUUUUGAUAAAGAGUUCAACAGGCUGGUGUCAAAAUACCAAGACAGAGGACUGGGUGAAAAAGAAUCCAUUGAAAAGGCCAAACUAAAGUUAUUACCAGAAGUUAAAGCCCGUUUUCUAAGGCAGUAUGGACAGCUUCUAUAUCAGAUCAUAGACUUGCAAAAAUUGGAUAUUCAUGACACUAUUACGGAAGUUGUCGAAUCAUUGGUAAACAAUGGUUUUUCCUUUGACAGAGCUAUCCAAAAAGCCAUGUCCCGAUUUUCACGUCUGGCAGAUGAGCUUUUUGAUCAUGAUGAGGAUUAUACAAAGGAAGGAAGCAAUAAUGAUGAUGGUUCUACUUAUAACAGUGACGAUGCAAGCGAGAAUGAAGAUGGCACUGAUGAUGCUGAUGAUAAUGCUAACACAGCAUAACACCCCUCUUACUUGGACUGCUCUGAAAUGACUUAAAUACAUUAAACAACAU